AUGUAUAAUCUUUCUAAAUAUCCUAAUGAUGUUGCACAAUUAUUUGCGCCACCGCCGCCAUUACCUUAUAAAAAUCCGAUAGAUUAUCCACCCCAGGAAAGGCGAACAAUAUCUGAUAUUUCACCAGUGAGUAAGAUAUUAGAGAAAGAACUCUCUGAAUAUUAUAAACAAUUCCCAAAGGGAACUCCAAAUCGUCAAUUUCAACCACAGACAAAUAUAAAGCACCGAUUACGUCGGAAUAAUAAACUCAUACAAGAGAGACUUCGUCAAUGGGAUCCUAAUAAUGAUAUUCAUAUGGCACAAACUGAUCCAUUUCGUACUAUAUUUGUUGGUCGAUUACCAUAUACUGCUACAGAAGUUGAUUUACAGAAAGUAUUUGGUAAUUAUGGGGCCAUAGAGAAAAUACGUGUAGUGAGAGAUAGAGAAUCAAAUUCUAAAGGGUAUGGUUUUGUUGUAUUUGUAGAUCCGAUGGCUGCCAAGACUACGACAAGGGAAUGCGGUGUACAUAGAGGUAUUGAGAUUAGUGGACAUCGUUGUAUUGUUGAUAUUGAACGUGGUCGUACAACUAAAUAUUUUACACCACGUAGGUUAGGUGGUGGACUUGGUGGAAGAGGUUAUACACAACAAAAUCAAUCAUUACCUCAAAGUCAAUUCUCUUCACAACACUCGAGGGUACCAUUCAAUAGACCUAGUAGAUUUACAAGGGGUCCUAUACCGCAACAUCAGCCAUAUCAAGAUGAGAUUCCUCUCGAAUCUGUUGCAACAACUAGUUAUAAAUCUCGUACUACAAGAACCCUGGAUAAUAAUGAUAAUUCGGCAAAAAGUGAGAUGCCAGAUUAUUAA